AUGACCUCCUCUCAGCAAUUCACGCGCCAGACGGUCAAGGUCCCAAGUGCUGAGGCCGAUGUUAACCUGGAGGUUUGGCUAUACCUACCAGCGCAACACGGCGACGGUCCGUUUCCCGUGGUAGUCGCAGGCCAUGGAUUGUCUCUCGUCAAGGAGGCAGGAUUUGCCGCAUUUGGGGAGUCCUGGGCCUCUGCAGGCUGGGCCUCGCUCGUGCUUGAUUGUCGCGGCUUCGGUGGGUCGGGAGGCCAGCGAAAUUUCUGCUGUAUCGCGCGGCAAGUAGAAGACUACCGCAGCGUGAUUGCUUGGGCGAAGACAGGGGAGAUGCAGUCUCUCUUCCAGAAAGACAGGAUUGUCGUCAUGGGCAGUGCGAUGAGCGGGCUUUGCGUCGCAGAGUUGGCAUUGAAUGCACUGGAAGAAGGAAUUGCGGGGGCUAUGGCGCAUUGCCCGAUCCUUGAUGGAUACGGGACCGCAAUGGCUCUCCCGCCGAACUUCAAGUUGCUGUUCAUGGUAUUCUUAGACUACAUUGGAGGGAAGCUAGGUUUCUCGCCACUCUAUGUCAACGUCGUCGCGAAGCCAGGUGAGCCGGCGAUCUGCAACACUCCCUCCUGCCUUCCAGGAUUCGUCUCGAUGUACGAGCAGAGCGACACGCCCUUCUCCGAGAGAGCAAACAUCGUACCGGGGCGCUUGAUGGUUGAGAUCAUGUCGAGUCGCCUGGACUUGAGCGGGAUCAAGUGCCCGAUGCUGGUGGUCAUGCCGGAGAAUGAUGACCUGAUUGCUCCAAGCGUUAGCAGAGAGGCAAUUGCAAAGGCUCGUGGAAAGAUACAAUCAGUUGUGGUUCCUGGAGGUCACUUCGACGUCAUGAAGGGAGGAGUGGGAUUCGAAGGAAAUAUCAAGGCGCAACUUGAAUUUUUACGGUCCUUGGUUUUAUAA